AUGGCGACAACGACACCUGUAUCCAUUCAGCUUGCCACCUUCCCUCACUCUCACUCCCAGUCGCCAGACGACCUCUCCCCAACGAGCCAGAAGGCGUUCCCUCUCGACGUCUUCCCCGUCUCCGAACCCAUCUCUGCCCCGCCCAGCUACUCCCGCCAGUCACCCGCACCUCGACGAUGGAGUUGGCAGCUGCCAGACGCGGACAAGGUCGAGACGGUGCUUUGGGCAGCGGUGCCGCUCGUCUUCUACGCAAUCGCGUUCGCAUUGGCGCUCGGAUUGUUGGUGUCCCAGGCAGAAGGCUACGCGUUCCUGAGUGUGGUGGAGAAGAAUGGCAGUGGACGGCUAGAUUACUACAUCAUGAACGCCUGCUCGACCACGCCCGACUCGACGAAGCGAGUAUGCGACUCCCGUGCCGUCUCGGCUAGCUUCGCUGGCGCCCUCUCGCGCGUCGGAACCUACCUCCCUGGCUUCGCCUCCCUCAAGCUCCCCUUCUACUCGCGCCAAACCCCCGCCAUCUUUCUCUCCGCCCUCGUCCUCCUCAUCGCCUCCUUCUUCGUCUACCUCCCCCUCUGGACGCUCGCCUACUUCCCCACCACACGCACCAUUCCCGCGCCCGUCGUCCGUUUCUACCGGUACUACUCCUCGAAACUGUUCCUCCUCUCCGCCCUGUUCGCCUUCGCCUCGUUCAUCCUUACCAUCACGAUCGGCAUCGGCUACAAGCUGUACAUGCUCGCGUACGUCGACGACUUCACCGACUGGUACGCCUUGGCAGUCUACAAGACGGGCUCGAAAGCGAUCAACUGGACGGCGCAGGUCGGGAAAGGGUUCGACCUCGUCUGGGCGGCGAGCACUUUCCAGGCGCUCAUCGUCGUCGCACUCAACAUCUCGCUGCACAACGGCCUUGACGAGCGCGUCGAGUGGCCCGAGUCGGAUCUCAAGACGGGGUUCUAG